UUGCUGUGACAUGUUUGUAUGAAGGGAUGGGAUUAGCUACACAGUCACACGACAUGAUCUCACUUAGACAUGAGUAUUGUAAUAUGCUGAUAAGAUUACUUGUGUUUAUAUAUAAUGGGCUAAUUAAUUACUAGAGUUGUUGACCAUUGGUAAACUACUUUUUUCAAGCCUAUCCCUACAUGUCAGUCAAUUGUUGUAUCAUAACUUUAAUCUAUAUGUUGCUGCUUCCGCGACGUUUUCUUGUCUAAGGUAGUUGUUGCCGAAAUUUGAUUGUUUUGGCACUUAUGUAUGGUUGUUUAGUGGCAUCUCAGGAUUAUGAGGUUUUCUGGGGUGUUACACGUCUUCCACCAGCCCUUCUAUUGUGCCAUCGGCCGAGUACGCUGAGCACCUUUCCAACCUAGUCGCGAUUACCAGCCUUUCGCACAAGAACCACUAUUUUCUUGGCCCAAUCGGCAAUCUUGACCCCUCUGAUUUCAUCAUCGGUGAAACCAACAUGAUCCCCUUUGGACUAGCCAACCCUAACCUGGGUCACUGGAAGAAUACCUUCAAGUCUUGGCCAUCUCUCGAAAAACCUACUCCUGAUAAGAGCUGGACCACCUGGUACCAACGCGUAUCGGCUAGUAAGAAAGUUCACUCGGAUGAGAUUGAGAUCAGCCAAGCGCUCGCUCUCACGAUAGCCAAUUCUGCUAAGGAUGAACCUAUGAUGGCUGCCGCCACCUAUUUCUGGUCCAACACCAUCAAUACCUUCUUAUUCAACCAAGGGCCGAUGACUCCAACUUUGAUCGACAUCAUCAUGAUUACUGGAUUAGAUGUAACUUCAUCAGCUAACCCUAUGAGUAUGAACACCAAGAACCAAUUUGACUUCAAGACCAAAAGCAUAGGUGGCUGGUCUGGCUAUGUGGCGGCAUAUAUGGGCCAAGGAUCUGUUACCCCUCGAGAGCAUGUAGCUUUCUUGCUCAUGUGGCUGGAAAAGUUUCUCUUCUGUGGAUCCAGUUGUGGCCCUAUAACCAACUGGCAAUUUGUAGCCGAAGCCUUAGAAUCAAAGAAAAGAUUUCCAUUGGGCAAAAUCCUUCUCGGCUAUCUGUACCAAAUGUUGAACAAUGCAUCGGCUAAAAUAGCCGUCGGCUCAAUAGUCGGAGCAGGUGGACCAUUGUGGCUGCUACAAACUUGGUUAAACCUGAUAGUCAUGAAGGUUGUCAAUCGGCCCUAUGUGACAAGAUAAAUUCCCAUUGCCAGAGCCGAUUGUAGAAGACGACGGAGAAGAGCGCACCCAUCGCAGAUGCAUGUCAUAUGGAGAAUAUGCAUCCACACCAACCGAUGCUGAAGCAAAGCUAUCGGCUGAGCUGCUCAAGGAAUGGUUCUGUAGCUUCUACGAAGGUUUUAUGAAAGAUGCACGGAUCAGGUUUCCUUAUGAAGACUCAGCAGACCUUGAACUUCCAUCAGACUUUAGAUUUGAAGACAUUAAUCAUGAAAAAUUCCAAAAAUCCAGAGAAGUUCUUAUAGCUGCAAUCAGCCCAUGCAUCCUUCCUGUCGGCAUUCACCAAGGGAGAAACAUCCAAGUCUCCUACGAGUUUUAUCACCCAAUGAGCUCGGCCAAACAACUUGGAUUGGGCCAACUCCCAAUCGGCUUAUUCUUUGCCGACAAGAUUCAGUACCGAGGACAAAUCACAUCCACUCUAAUGAUGGAUCGGCUACUUAACCUACUAGGACCCCCUCUAGGCAGCAUUGAUAAUAUUGAGUUGGCAGGAUUUAGAAGCAAAAACUUUGACAGAUGGUGGGGUGAAUGGAAGUUGCAUCUAUUUCAUCAAUUGGCUUCAAUGUAUUUGACAGAUCUAUUCCCUGACGUCAUACCCCAGACAACAGAGUCCUCCCCUUCACAUCAAAGUAACAGUGGCAAAAACAUUGAAUAUGCUCCAGGUCUAAUUCCGAAUGGAGGUGGACUAUCUCCCCCCAUUAUCGGCUACCAUGCCCCCAAGACUUCAACUCUCCUUCACGGCCUAACCAGGGAUCCAGCCGAUGCAGGCAAGAAAAGGAAAACCAGAUCAUCGGCCGUGAGUACCUUGGCCUUAGCUCCAAAGAAAAAGACCAAAUUCAAGAAAACUCAACCGACUGAUAAGCCGACUGAUGAUUUGCCCGCCUUGGAUCCAUCUAUUGUACAAGCUUUAAAUGAAGAGGAAAUUGGUGAAGAUGUUGACCAGGCUGUAGCCGAAAUGAGUGACACAGAAAGAACACCAUCGGCUUCACCCAAGCAAACGCCUCCAACUCCUUCUGCCCCCGUUCAUUUUACAAGAAAAAAGAAAACUGCUGUGAAGAAAAAGCCAGCAGCAACGAUUGUCAAGUCAGCCCCACCACCUCCUCCUCCUUCUCCUUCUGUACAGCAAUUGUCAAGUGACCAGACUGCAUCAGCUGUGUGGUGUCAUCACAUCGAGGAGGAAGAACAACCAGCUGCUCCUGCUAUCCCACCGGUCUCUUCUCUUUUGACAUCAGAGAUUACCUUGAUGAGGCAGAAGAAGACACUUCAAGCAAAGCUCUAGCUCCCCUAUCUGAUGAUGUGAGAAGAACACUUGAAGAUAUCUCUCAUCGGCUAGAAGCCUCUUCUUUAGAUAGUUUGGUAGUUGACUGUGGGUCAAUUAGGACACGGCUACAUGAAGUUCAAGCUCUGAUUCCCGAAGAUUUGGCCGAUGUCCGAACUCCAGCCGCUUAUCUCGAGCAACAUCAGUUCAAGCGGGAAAAAGCCAAGCUAAGACUAGCCGAACGCCGUGAGCGCAAAGAGAUUGAGGCCACAAUUCAAGCUAAUCGGCAGCUUGUGCGUGAAGAGAAGACCAAACUUGAUCAGCUAUCUGAAGGUCUGAUCAAAUCCAAUAUUGAUCGGCUCGAAGCUCACAAGAUUGAGCUCUUGGCGCAACUUGAAGAAUGCAAUGCCGAGCUAGAUAUGGAACACAAAAAGCUAGCCGAUCUCCCAAAAUCAAUUGAAGAACAAAGGGCAAGGCUCAAAUCGGCUAUCAAGAAUGUUGCUGACCUAACCAAGUCCCUGAAAGUCAUCUGUGGAACUGAUGCACAAGAUGCCCAAGCUAUUGAAGAAGUAGAACAAAUUAGGCAAAGGGCUAUUUUGGCUAUCCAGUGAUACUUGUCUCAAUAACUUUUGUGUGAUAGGACUUAGAAAUCUUUGUAAUCAGCUAAGAUACUCUAGUACUUUACUGUCUUGACAAUCCUUUGUGCCGAUU